UACAUUCCAUUCGUUAUGUUGCUCAAGCUCCGUGUUGUUACGGACGCUUUCUUUUCAUCGUAAAACUAAAGUAAAAAUCCAUCAUUUUUGUCGUCACACUUUUCAUCUCUUUGUUACAGAUAAUCAGAAGAUCUCCUCAGAAUCAUGAAUCGACCACCAUCAGGAGGGGGAAGACGAGCUACAACAGGAGCUCGUCCUAGCAGCUCAUUGAGACAAGGUGCACCACCAGGGACAGCCAUGAGAAUGCCUCAAGGAACGGGGGCUCCUGGAACUGCGAGGCCAGGAACGAGGGGCGGAGUCCCAGGAGGAGUGGGAGUUCUUGAUGCCAAGCUGAGUGUCACGGAUAGACCGACUACACAGCAAGGCUUGGGAGGAAUGAGGACAGGCAAGAAAGGACCACAGCGUGUUGUCAUGGAUAAGUCUUACUUUAUUGGGAUGUUGCGGACCAAACUGAAUGAGCUUCAAGCAGAGAAUAAUUCUCUUCAGAGAGGCAUCGAGCAGGCAAAUGAGGAGAAUAACAGCUACUUGUCUUACGAGAAACGGGCAGAGAGUCUUGCAAAUGAAGUCAAAGAACAACAAGGCCAGCUUGGCGACUAUAACACGUUGGUGGAUAAGCUCAACACAGACACGGCUAUGGAAGAAGUCUUAGAAGACCACAACCAACUUAAGGCACAGAAUGAUGUUGAAGCUAAGAACAUUGAUAAGAUCUUCACCCAGAGACAAGAGAUUGAGCAGAAUAUUCACCAGGUUGAGCAGGAGAUACAGCAGUGUCGUAGAAUGGCCGACACACUGGUGGAUGAUAUGAAUCCUCAGAUGCGACAAAAGUACAUGUCACUGAAACAGACCAAUGAGUCGUUAGCGAGAGAGUUGGAAGCAAGGCAACAGGAACUAGACUCACUCAACACAAAGAAAGAGAACUUGGAAGAUGACCUGUCCACUUCCCAAGUCAAGCAGGAGGCAGUGCGGCUUUACGAGCAACUCCAUGAACUAGAAGAGAAGAAAGCUCAGCUGAUUGCUGAAGACCAGUCACGAGGGACGCCGACAGAAGAACGGGAACGGCUGCUGAAACAAGUCAAAGAGGAUAACCAAGAGAUAGCCAGCAUGGAUAGACAAAUUCAGGAGUACAGAGAUCAGAUCACCACUUUACAAGACGAGAUCCGACAACUUGACUUGGACUUGGAAGAACAUCAGGGUGAGAAGAACAUGAAAUACAAGGAGCUGAAGAAGAGAGAAGAAACUAUGACAGAAUUUCUGGAGGGCUAUGAAGACACCAAACUCCAGGAAUUGGAACACAAGGGGAAUCUUGAAGAGAACAUUGUUGCCAUCUUGUCACACAUGAGCAGGAACUUGGGUCGCACUAAGCACAUGCCUAAUCCUCAAGAGUUGGCACGUAUGCAGGAUGAUCUGAGCUUCAAACAGACGGAGAUGCAUAAAUCUGAGGCUACUGCAUCCUCAUUGGCUGGAGAGAGUGCUCGUCUUCAGAUGGACCUUCAGAAGGUUGAGCAGUUGGAGUCCAAGAUCACUACAGAGUUGGAGACCUUGAAAGCAAAGAUCAGCACUAUGAAUCAAGAAUUGGAAGACUACUCAGAUCUGAACAAACUACGAGGGGAAUCGGACAAGAGAAAGCAGAAGUUGCAAGAAGAAAAAGUGACACUUACUACCAGGAGAGACACUUUCAAAAAAGCUGUGCAAGAGCUUUCCGCUCACUACGAAGCAACAAAAACUCAACUGAAUGAGAACGAGACGUACGCCCAGCUUGGGAACUUGGAACGGAAGUGGCAGCAUCAUGAGCAGAACAACUUCGUCAUGAAAGAAUUUAUCGCGGCUAAGAGCAUGGAAAGUGACUACCGCCCUCUAGUGGCAGCUGUUAAGACCCAGAUCAACGAGUACAACAAGUUGGUGCAGGAAAGUCUCGCGCGUGGAGUUCAACGUUAACGGUGUCCCCUAAAGGCCACGAUACAGAAGAUGCAUCACAAACACCUUGUGAAAUAAUCACCUUGAUAUUUAUAUUAUUUUUAUGUUCCCUAUUGACCACCUUAGUAUUCAGUUAAAAAAUUAAAGAUUCAAAGAGUGAUUUUGGAUCUGUAUUUAAAAUAACAUCAAAAUGAAUAGAAAUAUAAUCAAAAGAGUUUUAUCUUUUAUUGGUUGCAAGUACAUGUUAACAUAUAUGGCAGUAAGCUUCAUAGUCGCUCACAUUAUAAUGUUGGAACUCAGAGCACAUUGACUAUGUGAAAGCAAUAUGCACAUUAUCAUUAAUGUACGUAGUGCACUCUAAAUACUGAGGAUGAUUUAUAAGUCCAAUAAAUGAGGCUAACGAGGAAUUCCCCCCUGACAAUCAUACGCUCUGAUAACUUUCACAUGUUCGAAAGGUUAGCAUGGCGAAAUGUCUAAUUCUGUACGAUUAAUUUGAUGUGUCACUCAGUAGCACAUGGCUUUUGUUGUACAGUCCAUUCAAGUCAUGUUUUUGCUUUACAGAUAAUGAUGUACAUACUAUUCAUAUUGUAAAUGUGUGUUUAUAAAAACAAGAUAAUCUUGAUUUCUGUUGGCCAUUGUCAGUGGAUUUACGGAUGAAAAUACUUUGGUCAGAUGAAUGGCCAGACAUUGUUUCCUUGACGAAUAUGUUAGAUGUAAACAUUGGCCCUUUUUUUGCAUUCUUUGAAAACAAAUGUGCAUUAACAUAUUCUGUUUUGUAGGCAAUUUGUACACGUGUACCAAAACACGGUUAUGUAUAAAUCUGAUGUAAGAUUUCUUUAAUUUGUGGGUUUAGAUUUAAAUUUUAACAUACAGCGACAAAAGAAAGACAUUCUGUGAGAUUUAGUAGUGUGUGAAUAAAUAUAAAAAAGAUAUUGAA